AUGGCAGCGAAAAACGACCCUCUACGUUGCAGGAGGUCGUCAAGAGAGCGGCGCCGCGUACUUCGGCGGAAUCCGGAGUCCGGAGUUUCGCCGCAAUUCUGUCAGCAAAAGGACCUACGUCCUUGUACAUACGCGACGGUUGCCGACCCCGCGUGAGAGGGAGGGACGGCCCGAACAACAUGUUCAAACCGCAUGUAGGCAAUUUUUGCUUCUCCCAGCCUAGACGAAGGACUGGUCGUUCUGAAAUCGCGCACACUCGAGAGAGAGAUGGGUUGGGGGGCCUGGAGUUGUGCUGUGCUUCUCGGUGCAGUUGCGGCAGUCGGGUCUGUCGUGUGGAUAGGCCUUCUAGUGAGGUUGCACGUCCUCCGGCAUGAGUUCGAGAUUGCAGCGAGAUCACCCCAGUUGGUGAUAUUGACCGGGUUCACCUGCUACCUGUUGACUCUAUCAGUCGUCGUGCAAUGGAUGCUCCUGUGCGUGGGGACGAACAUACCUUGCUGGGUUGUAAUCUGGGUAUCAUACGCCG